GAAGAUAUGUGAACUCAAGUUAAGAAAUCUUCCACUAUUUCCGCCAUCAUUCGAUUCAAUUCGCUACAAUGUACAAACGUGCUAGGAGUUGGAUGUAUCACGACCACUUACAAAAUAAUGAUUUGUCUGAUGAAUUUGAAAGUGGCGUUGAGGAUUUCAUUACAUUUUCAUGUGCGAAUCCGACAUAUAUGGAUGGUACUAAAAUAAGGUGUCCAUGUAAAAAUUGUAAAAACAAGGCAUAUAAAGAUCCAGAGGAUGUUCGAUGGCACCUGUACAAAUAUGGAUUUAUUGAAAAUUAUUUUAACUGGACAUCACAAGGUGAACCUAUUCAUCACGAGCGCUUCGUUGAACGAGAGAAUUUAUUGGCCUCUAUGUCUCGCAACGAUCCCACUCAACGGAAUGAUUAUGAGAAUAUGAAUUGGGAUCAAAGGAUGGUAAACGAUGCUAUUGGUCAGCAUAAUGUUCCAGAGCAUUAUGAUAGCUCUCCAAACAUGAGUGAUGAAGGUCCCAGCGAGUCAUUUUCAGCACCAACCACAAAUGACUCUCAAGAUCUUUUUUUUCGUGUGCUUGAAUCUACGGACCGACCUCUUUAUGGAUGUGGUACAAAGUUCUCACAGCUGCAAUUUGUGUCGAGAUUAAUGAGCAUCAAGGCUGACCAUAAUUGGUCAGAGACUAGUGUGACCGAACUUUUGUUAUUGCUUAGAGACGCUCAUGAAGGCCCUAACACCAUCCCAGAGAGUUUUUAUGCGAUGAGAAAGUUAGUAUCGGAUUUAGGCCUCCCUGUCCAUCAUAUUGACACUUGCAGAUCGGGUUGUAUGUUGUUUUGGAAAGAUGACAAGGACUUACACCAUUGCAAGUUCUGUGGAGAAGAAAGAUACAAGAAUCAGAAAGGUAUAGGCGAUGGUGAAACACGUAAGUUGACAGCCGUAACCACUCUUCGAUAUUUGCCACUUGCACCAAGGUUACAAAGACUAUAUGCUUCUGUUGUUACUGCGAGUGAAAUGACGUGGCAUAAGAACCACGUGUCACAAGAAGACAUGAUGUGUCAUCCAUCAGAUUCACCGGCAUGGAAGCAUUUUGAUACCACAUAUCCUAGAUUCGCUAAAGAGGCACGCAAUGUUCGUUUAGGGUUAUGUACUGAUGGAUUUGCACCACAUGGACAAUAUGGUAAAAAUUAUUCAUGUUGGCCAGUUAUAUUGACUCCUUACAAUCUCCCACCAGGCAUGUGUAUGAAAAGUCCAUAUAUGUUUUUAACGCUGAUAAUUCCUGGACCAAAUAACCCUAAAUCAAAAAUUGAUGUUUACAUGCAACCAUUAAUUGAUGAAUUGAAGAUGUUGUGGGAGACAGGAGUUGUUACUUUUGAUGCCGCACGUAAUGAAUUAUUUAGGUUGCAUGCUUCUGUACUAUGGACGAUUAGUGACUUUCCUGCGUAUGGUAUGCUUUCUGGGUGGAGUACGGCUGGGAUAAUGAGUUGUCCUAUAUGCAUGGAGACUACAAGUGCCUUUUAUCUAAAGUAUAGUAGAAAGCCAUGUCACUUUGACUGUCAUAGGAAGUUAUUGCCUCUUAAUCACUCUUACCGAAGGGAUAAAAUGUCUUUUUUAAAAGACAAGAUAGAGAGAAGUGCACCACCACCUCGUCUGAAUGGAAGAGAGCUUUGGGCGCGUGUCAGAUCCAUUCCAUCGGCAAUAGAAGAGCCCAAUGAAAAACCAAGUGGGUAUGGAGUAGAGCAUAAAUGGACUAAACAAAGCAUUUUUUGGGAGCUUCCAUAUUGGAAAAACCUACUUAUUAGGCACAACUUGGAUUUGAUGCAUACUGAGAAGAACGUUUUUGAUAAUAUUUUUAAUACUGUGAUGGGUGUAAAGGGUAAAACAAAA